AUGAAUCUCCCUAAAUUUCUUUCCAUUCUGUCACAUGUGAUAGUAAUUGGACUCAUACUAAAAUCAAUAAAUAAAUCCAUCAUAUUUGUAAUAUGCUUGACUGGAAUAGGAUUGACAUACUCGGUAAUCUUUGAAAGAAAAACAGUAAGCCAAAGACCUGAACCAAGAUUUUUAAAUAUAAUUCCAGGUAGCCCUCACAAAAUCAAUGUUACAUCACUUAAAAAACCUCUUUUCCCACAAUCAAAGAGAAUUUCAGAAGAGCUUGAUCAAAUUGUGGAACUGAUAUCGAGAGAUUUUAUUCUGUCGUGGUUUCAGCGGAUAGAUAAUAAUUUAGAGUCAGAAUUCCCAGAUAAUAUCAGAAUUGUUUUACGAAGCAUUAUUCUUAAAUUGCAAAAUAACCUUGAGCAUAAUGAUAUGACCUCAUUAGUUGCAUUCAAAUUAAUCCCGUUAAUAACAAAACACAUAAACACAUAUUGUACGGCAAGAACCACCGUUUUGUCUUCUACAAGAAAUCGUUCCUCUGAUAACGCUAACUUUCAUCUACGGAUAGCAAUUGAAUUUAAUAACAUAUAUAGAUUGCACAAAGCAAUUUCAUUAAAACCUGAUCAUUUAGAUGCCGAUAUCGAAUCGUAUAUGGAUAGUAAAGCUGAGAAGCUUACAAAGGUACUAUUGGACAAUCAAGAAUUACGGUCCAAUGUAGUUAUCAUCCUGUGCAGGGAAAUCUUAUCCAAAAGUAUAUUGUCACCUGCGUUUAUCAAAUUUUAUGACGCUGAUAAAUGGAAUUGCUUACUAAUCUCGAUAUCCAAGAAAAUUAUAAGUGAAAGAAAUCAAAUCCAAGAGGUUAAAUCGAUCUUAACUAGAGAAUUACAAGAUAAAAAUAUUAAUAAUCAACAUCUAGCCAGAAUGAAACAAUCAUCAGGGUUCAAUUUUACGUUAAAAGAUGACAUUACAACUAAAGAAUUUGAAUCAUACCUUCGAGGGUUAAGUGGUAUAGUUUCUAUUUCAGAUCUAAAAACUGGAAAAUUUUUAUUAACAACAACAUUAUUAAAAAUCGAUGAAAACAGUAAUCUAAGUAAUAAAAGGAAAAAUGCACAUAAAAGUAAGAUCUCUCUAUCUCUAGGUCUGAUAGACAACAGGUUGAAAACUCUGAAUCAGAACUCCAAUGACGUUAGCCGUAUAAAAAAUCCCUCCAAAUUCGACAUGGGCCUAAGUAAUGAUGUUUUGAACGAAGAUAAUGUCAUCCAGGGAUUUGAAAGCAUUAUCCAACAGAUAACGUUUGAAGCCAUAAUAAAGGAUGAAUUGUGCCAGCCAUAUUUUGAUGAAUUCAUCGGUACAGCCUACAACAAACGUGGAUUUGUAUUACUUGAUUAUUGGAAAACAGUGGAGACAUAUAAAAAUCCACUAGAGGAUGGUGGACGAGAAGAUGUCCUUGUUGAGGUAUCUCAAAUUGAUAUAGAAAAUAUUAAGCUUAUUACUGAGGAGUUUCUUGAAGGGGAACAAUCGAAAUACCUCGAGUCAUUGGAUGUUGGUUUAGUCACAAACAUUAAACUAUUUGCGGCUAACAACUUAGAUGUACUGGGCAAAGAUGGAUUUCUACUUGCCAGAAAAAGUAUGCUACUACUUCAGUCUGCUGCCGAGAAUGUGUUGGAAAAUGAAUAUUUGAAGAAUUUCAAGAAGUCAUCUAUCUUUUUGAAAAUGAUAUCAUCCCCCGAGUUUAUCAAUACGGACACAUACUCCAAAUAUUUUGUACCCAAGGUUGAGAAUAAAGUAACACCAUCAAUGGCGCCUGUAAAUCGAAAAAUAUCCGCCAGCUCCGUGGAAGUUUUAUCCAAUCCAGGAUUAAAUGAUGCUAUCGAAAAUAUUAUCCAAAAUGAAAACAUCACAUUCUCUGAAUACAAUGAAUCAUAUAAGCGCAACAAUAGCAAGCCAAAACCUUUAUAUAAUGCCUGUGACGAAUUAGAUUCUGAGAUAAAUUCUCAAGAUGUUAUAUUCGAAGAUGACCUCUUCUCUUCUAAUACAAGUCCCAUAAAAGGAUCACAAAGAAUUCCCAAACCCGAAGAACCGACUAAUAGAAUUUUUAUAAAGGACAGUACAACAUAUGAAAAAGAUUUAAAUGAUAGAAGUACCGUCGUCUAUCCUGAAUUAUCUGAUCUAAAAACAAAAAUAGGAGAUUUAACAUUGGAAACCAAUCAACUACAACAGGAACUUGACUUAUUAAAUCACCUAAUCCUGAAAGCAAAGUUAACAAAUAAUAAAAACCAAUUGAGUAUUUUGACAUCUUCACAGAAGGCACUAAUCAAGGAAAAAAAGAUAAAAGAGUUACUCAAACAACAAUAUAUGGUCGAAGAAAACGCUACAAGUUUAUACAACAAAACACAAGUUACUAUUAGAUCAUAUAUACUAGAUUAUGAAAUGUCAAAUUUGAAAGAAGUCGCUUACUAUAUCAUCAAUGUUGUCCACACCAACGGGGUUACAUCAUCAUCUUGGGAAAUACCAAGAAGAUACACUGAAUUUUCCAAAUUGAAUUCUUAUUUAAAAAAAGCAUACAAAUCAGCAAUGAAAAAUAUUACAAGAAAAGAAAUAUUUCCUGCAAAAAUGGCAAUUUCUUUGAAAUAUCAAAUGUCGCAAUCUUUGUUAUUCGAGAAAAGACGUAAGAAAUUCCAAUUAUACUUAAGGGAAUUGUUAGAAAUCCAGGAAAUAUGUCGAGACACCAUUUUUCGUAGGUUCCUAACGAACAAGGAACCUUUUUCAUUAAUUAAUGAUCAAAAUAAACCAAAUACCCAACCUCGAAAAAUGGUCAAUACAAAUAAUCUUGAGGUUGAUAUAAAAUCCAAUAAUAGUAAUGAUAACGAAGAAAUGGAUAACUGUGUUGACCGCGUGUCCGAACUUUCAUUCUCUUCAAAUUCUUUAUCACCGACACCUAAAAUUGAAUCUGCCCUAAUUUCAAAUGGUAAGGAUUUAGAUAAUUCAUCACAGGAUAAAGCGACAACAAGCAACUUAACGGAUAAAGAUAUAUCCCAUGACUACAUCUUGCAAGAAACAUCAACUUUUAAUAAUAAAUCUUUUAUCAAACCUAUUUGUGAUUUAUUUAUCGCAAUAUUUUCAUCGCAUCCGUCAGAAAAUGCCAACUCGAGAACCAGUAGUGAUUAUUGGCUAAGGGGUGGUGCUAUUAUCAUGCUUCUACAACAGUUGUUUGGUAGUACCAUCGAAAAAUAUAUUAGAGAUACUAUAUCAAAAAUUUCUUCUGAACCCAAACUUUAUGACGCCCUAUUUCAAUCUAGAAUUAAGCUUUGGGGAGUAGGCGGUUAUUUUGAGACAAGACAGAAAGAUAAAUUGAACCCACCUCCUGCUAGAAGCGAUUUAGAAAAAAAAAGAGCCUAUAAUGAUUCAAAACUGUUGUUCCAGGCCUUAUUGGUAGAACUUUCAGGUAAAGUUGUUGGUUUACAUCAUGCACGAGAGGCUGCGGCAAAGAUACAUGACUUACUACAAAAUCCAUAUAUGAACGCAUCGAUUCUUCUUGAAAUUUUCGAUUUAUUGCUGGACAAUAUCGUAUUUGAAGAGGAUCCUCUAAAAGUAUAG